AUAUCUUCUCUAUCAAGCACAAACCGCAAGUGAACUGAGUGACAGAUAGACGCGUCGUCUUCCACGAUGCUCUCAACGGUGACGGCGACGGCGGUUUCUCGGCCGAUGCUGAAGGUGCAAUGUACAAUGAAAAGGCCGUUUAAAGUGAUGGCCGAGAAGUUUCCGACGUUUCUGCCGAGGGAUGUUGAGAAAAUCAAAGACACGUUUGCUCUAAAGCUCGCCGCCAGAAUCGAGAGGCUUCCUGUAUCUGUGAGCUUCAGGGAAGAUAGUAUUAUGAGUAGUUGCGUGACACCGCUAAUUCGGAACGAGACAACUCCUGUUGUGCUUCUUCACGGAUUUGAUAGUUCUUGUUUAGAGUGGAGAUACACUUAUCCAUUGCUAGAAGAAGCCGGUUUAGAAACAUGGGCAUUUGAUAUCCUUGGUUGGGGUUUUUCUGAUUUAGACAAACUUCCACCGUGUGAUGUAGCGUCGAAAAGAGAGCAUUUUUACAAGUUUUGGAAGUCUCAUAUUAAAAGGCCUGUGGUUUUGGUUGGGCCGAGCCUCGGUGCUGCUGUUGCAAUUGACAUUGCUGUCAACCAUCCAGAAGCGGUUGAGUCCUUGGUUUUAAUGGACGCAAGCGUUUACGCAGAAGGUACGGGAAACUUGGCAACGUUACCCAAAGCAGCUGCUUAUGCUGGGGUAUAUCUACUGAAGAGUAUUCCAUUACGGUUAUACGUAAACUUCAUUUGUUUCAAUGAUAUCUCAUUGGAAACUAGUUGGGACUGGACAAAGAUUGGUCGCUUGCAUUGUCUAUAUCCUUGGUGGGAAGAUGCAACUGUUAGUUUCAUGACGAGCGGAGGAUACAACGUAACUUCUCUUAUAAAAAAGGUUUCACAGAAGACAUUGAUACUAUGGGGAGAGGAUGACCAAAUCAUUAGCAACAAGCUCGCUUGGAGACUGCAUGGAGAGUUAUCGAAUGCACGUGUGGAACAAAUAUCAAACUGUGGACAUCUUCCCCACGUCGAAAAACCGGCUGCUGUUGCUAAACUUAUCGCAGAGUUUGUUAGAGAGACCUCCCGGUGUAAAGAGGUUGAAAGUAUAUCUUAGACCCUAGGGGGCCAUUCAUUAU